UUCGUUCUUAAGGAACUGAGAAUUAAAUCUUCCAAAAUGUCAAAAAGACCAUCUUAUGCCCCACCUACCACCCCAGCUCCUGCAACACAAAUACCCAGCACACCAGGGUUUGUGGAAUACAUUCCAUACAGUCAUUUCGCCUACAACAACUACAGGCUGGGAGGGAACCUGGGCACCAACAGCCGGGUCACAGCAUCCUAUGGCAUUACGAUUCCAACGCCUCCAAAGCCACCAGAUAAGCCGCUGAUGCCCUACAUGAGGUACAGCAGAAAGGUCUGGGACCAGGUAAAGGCUUCCAACCCUGACCUAAAGUUGUGGGAGAUUGGCAAGAUUAUUGGUGUCAUGUGGCAAGAUCUCACUGAUGAAGAGAAGCAAGAAUAUUUAAACAAAUACGAAGCCGAAAAGAUAGAGUACAAUGAGCCUGUGAAGGCCUACCAUAAUUCCCCUGUGUACUUUGCCUAUGUUAAUGCAAAAAGUCAUGCGAAAGCUGCGUUAGAGGAAGAACGUCGACAGAGACAGUCUCGCAUGGAGAAAGGAGAACCUUAUUUGAGCAUUCAGCCUGCUGAGGAACCAGAUGAUGAUGAUGAUGAUGAUGAUGAUGAUGAUGAUGAUGAUGAUGAUGAUGAUGAUGAUGGUGAUGACUUUUCAAUGAAGCACACAGUCACUGCCCUUUUCCAGAGAAACCACAGUUUCAUCUGUGAGAUCCACACUGAAGUGGUACCUGAUGUGCGGUCGAUUGUCACAACAGCUAGAAUGCAGGUCCUCAAGUGACAGGUCCAGUCUUUAGUGGUUCAUCAGCGGAAACUAGAAGCUGAGCUCCUUCAGAUAGAGGAACGGCACCAGGAAAAGGAGAGGAAGUUCCUGGAAAACACAGACUCCUUUAACAAAGAACCUAAAAGGUUAUGUGGUCUGGAGGUGGAAGUAGACAUGGGGAAGAUUGCAGCUGAGAUCGCACAGGCAGAAGAACAGGCCCGCAAAAGGCAGGAGGAGAGGGAGAAGGAGGCAGCAGAGCAGGCUGAGCACAGGCCGAGCAGCAUCGCCCCUGAGGAAGAGCAAGUGGCGAACAAAGCAAAGAAGGAUGAGGAGAACAUCCCGAUAGAGACAGAGGAGACACACCUUGAAGGCACGGUGGAGAGGCAGCAGAAUGGUGAAGAAGGCAUGGCUACUCCCGAGGACAAGGAGAAUGGGAAGGAAGGGAGGAGAGAUACGCACCGACCAACUUCUGUUGGUGUUCUGGCAGAUUCUGUUGGUGUUCUGGCAGAUUCUGUUGGUGUUCUGGCAGAUUCUGUUGGUGUUCUGGCAGAUUCUGUUGGUGUUCUGGCAGAUUCUUGCUGCUUCCACAGACUCAGGCCAAUUAGCAAAGCCUCGAGGGUCUUCUGGACCAUUGAUGAUUCAGGAAUGCUUUGUCAUUUGUUGUUGGAUAAUCGUAUCCCUUUUCAAUCUUAUAAAGCCUUAUCUUAUGAGAUUGUGAUGUCGAAGAACUUGCCCACAAUCUUUGGCUUGUGA